GCAAGCAUGUGGUUCUUUUUGCUGUGGCUAACGACACUGUGUGUGGUGGCAAAGGCCAAUUCCACGGAUUCUGGUCCUUCCACCAUGGGGAACUCAACCGAGUCCAGUCGCCCCAACUCAUUUCCCUACAUCGUCUCCAUCGGCACAAUGGUCACUGGUUACUACAAGCACCUCUGCGUGGGUGUGAUCAUUUCGAAUGAGCACCUGCUCAGCGCGGCGCACUGCGUCAAGCCCCCCAAGCCAGUUCACCCAGGGGGACUGUAUGUAAUUGGUGGCUCCGAAAGGCUCGAUGGCAAGGUGGGAACCAGGUUUACUGUCGUCAAAGUAAAAGUUCAUCCCAAGUUUAAGGUGCUCGAGGGAUACGAUAUUGCGGUAGUGAAGGUUUCCCCAAAGUUCCCGCUAAAUGAUGGUCGAUUUAAGAGCUUAAGCUUUAAUCUUAAGUCACCUCCUGACGGCUUUGAGGGCUCGAUGAUUGGAUGGGGCCGUGUCAAGGUCGGAGAGGUGAAGAUGUUGAAGCCGCUACCUUUUCGGACAAUCGGGAACGCGAAAUGCAUACAGAGUCAUCGAUUCGUUUUUCUUCGUAAUACGGAUUUCUGUGCCGUGCACUUGAAAGGAUCUCAAGGAGCCUGUGAUGGCGACUCUGGAGCCCCUUUAAUGGACGUGGAAAACGAACGGCUCUACGGCUUAAUGUCCUACGGGAGAAAGGCAUGUCAGCCACUUAUGCCCUAUGCAUUUACCCGGGUCGGUAUGUUUUCGGAUUGGAUUAAGGAAAAUAUGCUCAGUAUGUGAAAGCGUAUUUCUUG